AUGGCUUCGCCAGCCUCGCGCAACACAGGCUCGCCUGGUGGACAGUCUAGUGCGGCCAUCCUUCUCCAGAGACAGCUCAAGCAGAUGCAAAGCGACAGGGAUAUCCCCGGUAUCAGUUGUGGAUUGGCGAGCGACAACAUCUUUGAGUGGGAAGUCAUGCUCAUGUUGAGCGAGGAGCAAGAUAGCAUGUACGGAGGUGAGUGAAGAAAAAGAUUGAAGAGGACAUAUGAAGGCUAUGGAUGCUUGUCAUCGGCUCUGGGAAUGGCGUGCGGUCAGCUGGCGGUAUGUUCGCCCACCUGUGAGCCAGACUGUGCGAGGGUAGAGACGGGAGACGAUACAGCCAAAAUUCCAUUCAGACAUGCCCUAGCUGACCACUCGCUUGUGACAUAGGCGGCAUCUUCCGAGCAAGGAUGACCUUCCCGUCAUCAUACCCCAUCAGCGCUCCCAAGCUCAAGUUCGAAACGCCCAUCUUCCACCCAAACGUGUACGAGAACGGCGAGGUCUGCAUUUCCAUCCUGCACGAGGGCGAGGAUCAGUACGGCUACGAAGCGGCAAACGAGAGAUGGAAUCCUGUUCAGACACCAGAGACGAUUCUUCUGAGCGUCAUCAGCAUGCUGAGCAGUCCGAACGAUGAGAGUUCGGCGAACGCUGAGGCCGGGAGACUCUGGCGGGAGGACCAGAAGGAGUUCAAGCGUAGGGUCAGGAGAUGUGUGAGGGAGAGUCUGGAGAAUGCUUGGGACUGA